AUGGGGAAUGCUAGUAGCACAGCAAGCCUACCACGAUCCUUAACCACAGCAGGUCACCUAAAUGAACUUGCUGACCUUGAUCGCCGAGUCCGGACGAGAAUCGCUAUUUUGGAUAAGGAAUCAGCUGCAGCCCAUAGGCUUCGAGAGCAGCGUCUCCGAACCUCUGAAUGGCAUGCUGUUCGGGCAGAGCUCAGAGAUGCCCGACAGGCUAACGCUGCUGCUCGUCGUCUCUACCGUGACUAUGUGUUACAGUUUCGUGCUCGAAUGUCAGCUAAGGUGGAGGAUGAGGAGAGUGUGAGUAUGACAAAAAAGAAGGAUUUUGAAAAGAUGAAGUUUUCCUUAUACCAUUACUUUAUUUUCGCAGCCUGUUUUUAUCAAAUGCUGCGAGGUUCUUUGUAG